AUGAGGCAGCUCUUCAGCUCAGUGCUAAUGAAACUAAUGAAAGGCCCCUCUCCUCCUGCUGCCCCUGUGUACGGUCCCGCUCCUCCUGCUGUCCCUGUGUACGGCCCCUCUCCUCCUGCUGCCCCUGUGUAUGGUCCCGCUCCUCCUGCUGCCCCUCUGUACAGUCCCGCUCCUCCUGCUGUCCCUGUGUACAGUCCCACUCCUCCUGCUGCCCCUGUGUACGGUCCCGCUCCUCCUGCUGCCCCUGUGUACGGCCCCGCUCCUCCUGCUGCCCCUGUGUACAGUCCCACUCCUCCUGCUGCCCCUGUGUACGGCCCCUCUCCUCCUGCUGCCCCUGUGUACGGCCCCACUCCUCCUGCUGCCCCUGUGUACGGUCCCUCUCCUCCUGCUGCCCCUGUGUACGGCCCCUCUCUUCCUCCUGCUGCCCCUGUGUACGGUCCCACUCUUUCUGCUGCCCCUGUGUACGGCCCCUCUCUUCCUCCUGCUGUCCCUGUGUACGGCCCCUCUCUUCCUCCUGCAGCCCCUGUGUACGGCCCCACUCUUCCUCCUGCUGUCCCUGUGUACGGUCCCUCUCUUCCUGCUGCCCCUGUGUACGGCCCCCCUCUUCCUCCUGCUGCCCCUGUGUACGGUCCCUCUCUUCCUGCUGCCCCUGUGUACGGCCCCUCUCUUCCUGCUGCCCCUGUGUACGGCCCCUCUCUUCCUCCUGCUGCCCCUGUGUACGGCCCCUCUCUUCCUGCUGCCCCUGUGUACGGCCCCUCUCUUCCUCCUGCUGCCCCUGUGUACGGUCCCACUCUUUCUGCUGCCCCUGUGUACGGCCCCUCUCUUCCUCCUGCUGUCCCUGUGUACGGCCCCUCUCUUCCUCCUGCAGCCCCUGUGUACGGCCCCACUCUUCCUCCUGCUGUCCCUGUGUACGGUCCCUCUCUUCCUGCUGCCCCUGUGUACGGCCCCCCUCUUCCUCCUGCUGCCCCUGUGUACGGCCCCCCUCUUCCUCCUGCUGCCCCUGUGUACGGCCCCUCUCUUCUUCCUGCUGCCCCUGUGUACGGCCCCCCUCUUCCUCCUGCUGCCCCUGUGUACGGUCCCUCUCUUCCUGCUGCCCCUGUGUACGGCCCCUCUCUUCCUGCUGCCCCUGUGUACGGCCCCUCUCUUCCUGCUGCCCCUGUGUACGGCCCCUCUCUUCCUCCUGCUGCCCCUGUGUACGGUCCCACUCUUUCUGCUGCCCCUGUGUACGGCCCCUCUCUUCCUCCUGCUGUCCCUGUGUACGGCCCCUCUCUUCCUCCUGCUGUCCCUGUGUACGGUCCCACUCCUCCUGCUGCCCCUGUGUACGGCCCCUCUCUUCCUCCUGCAGCCCCUGUGUACGGCCCCACUCUUUCUGCUGCCCCUGUGUACUGUACUGCUCCAUAA